UAGGCAUUGGAACGCCUAGUCUUGAAGAAGUUUACCUUGGAUCAAAUGAACUCAGUGGACGAAUUGCUCCUACCAUCUCGAAUUCUUCAAAGCUAACACUUCUAGACCUUGCACACAACAAGUUUACAGGUCCAAUUCCUGAUUCACUUGGUUCAUUAGAGUUUCUUGCUAAGUCCUAUUCUUGGGAGGUAACAAUUUCAUUAAUGAGCCAUCUUCUUCUGAGUUAAGAUUCGUCUCGUCCCUGACUAAUUGUAGAUAUUUAAGAGAAGUGGUCAUUGAAGAUAAUCCUUUGAAUGGUUUUCUUCCAUCUUCUAUUGGAAACUUUUCUGAUUCUUUUCGGAUGUUUGUUGCACGUAGAACCAAACUGAAGGGCACAAUCCCGGAAGAAAUUGGAAACCUGAGUAGCUUAGGUGUGCUAGCUCUCUCUCAUAAUGACUUCACUGGUUCGAUACCUGAGAAGUUGAGAAGCAUGAAGAAUCUCCAAGAAUUUUACUUGGAAAAUAACAGCCUAAGUGGAACAAUACCUGAUGAUAUCUGCAGUUUACGAAAUCUUGGAGCUUUAAAAUUGACUGGAAAUCAAAUAUCUGGUUCAAUUCCAGCAUGUUUAGGAAAUGUUUCUACUUUAAGAUAUCUUCAUUUAGCUUUCAACAGAUUGACUUCCACCUUACCUGAAACCCUGUGGAGCCUUCAAGAUCUCUUGGAACUCAAUGCAUCAGCAAAUCUGUUUAGCGGGCGCAUACCUCCUGAGGUUGGUAAUCUAAAGGCUGUGUCACUAAUUGAUCUGUCAAGAAAUGAUUUUUCUGGUAAUAUUCCUAGUACUAUAGGGGGUCUUGAAAAGUUGAUUAGUCUUUCCAUGGCACACAAUAAAUUGGAAGGGCCUAUUCCGAGUUCAUUCGGGAAAAUGGUGGGCUUGGAAUUCUUGGAUUUUUCUUACAACAAUCUUACUAGUGAAAUUCCAAAGUCACUUGAAACACUCUCACAUCUCAACUACUUUAACAUCUCUUUUAACAAAUUAAAAGGAGAAAUUCCUAGUAGUGGUCCAUUUGCAAACUUCACCAGUCAAUCUUUCAUUUCCAAUUCUGCACUCUGUGGUGCUCCUCGCUUUAAUGUGUCGCCAUGCCUCAUCAAAUCCACCAAGAAAUCAAGGAGACACAGAGUUCUAACAAGUCUGUAUAUCAUAUUAGGUAUUGGAUCGAUGAUUCUCACAUUGGUUCUAGGAUAUGUUUUGUUAAGGUGGCAAAAGAGAAGGAAGAAUUCAGGUCAAACAGAUGUAUCUUUGGUUAAAAGAUAUGAAAGAAUCUCUUAUUAUGAACUUCAGCAAGCAACGGAAGGAUUCAGCGAGAGCAAUUUGCUUGGUACCGGAAGUUUCAGUAUGGUAUACAAAGGGAUACUUAAAGAUGGGAAUCUUUUGGCAGCUAAGGUAUUCAAUGUGCAAUUGGAGGGAGCAUUCAAGAGCUUUGAAACAGAAUGUGAGAUACUACGCAACCUUCGCCAUAGAAAUCUAACAAGAGUGAUCACUAGUUGUUCCAAUCCAGACUUCAAAGCCUUAGUAUUGGAAUACAUGCCCAAUGGAACACUUGAUAAGUGGCUACACUCUCAUGAUUUGUUCUUAGACAUGUUGAAGAGGUUGGACAUUAUGAUAGACGUGGCAUCGGCAUUAGAUUAUCUCCACAACGGGUAUCCAACACCCGUGGUGCAUUGUGACUUGAAGCCAAGCAACGUCUUGCUUGAUCAAGACAUGGUUGGUCAUGUGAGUGAUUUUGGCAUUUCAAAAUUGCUAGGUGAUGGGGAGACUUUUGUACAAACAAGGACUAUUGCAACCAUUGGAUACAUUGCUCCAGAGUAUGGACAGGACGGAAUAGUAUCCAAAUGUUGUGAUGUUUAUAGUUUCGGUAUCAUGAUGAUGGAAACAUUUACAGGUAUGAGGCCAAGUGAUAAAAUGUUUACGGGAGAUUUGAGCCUAAGAUGUUGGAUUAAUGAUUCUUUUCCCAAUGGAGUUGUGGAUGGCAAUUUGUUAAGGCCAGAGGAAGAACAUAUUAAAGAGAAAAUGCAAUGUGUAUUGUCUAUCAUGGAAUUGGCUUUGAGUUGCACUUUAGUGUCACCUGAUGCAAGAGUUAACAUUGAAGAUGCUCUUUCAGCCUCCAGAAAAUAAGACAUCAGUUUGUCAAUAGUUGU